UGGCAUUUGGUUGCAGCAAGACAACUUAGAAUUUUGAUAUAUUCUAAGUUUUUGAAUUAACAUGUGGGGCAAGAUGUUGAAAUCCUUAUGGAAAAGUUUUCAACAUAAGUGUGUGGAGAGGCAAAAGAGUGAAGUUGAUGAAAGUGUGUCAGUGCAUGUGCAUGGUGAAGACUUGGUCGUUUUGCCUGUGCAGUGUUGCAACUCUUGCAUAGAAGAAACCAAACAAUGCAAUUGUGACCAUAUUCAUGCCGCAGAAGACGCCAAUCUCCACGCUCAGCGUCAUGCUAACUCCAACAGUUCCUUUACUCAUGCUGUCAUCAACAUGGUGGGGAUGCUCGUAGGUUUGGGGCAACUAUCAACUCCAUAUGCUGUGGUAAGUGGAGGGUGGGUGUCUGCAUUCUUGCUUGUAGGACUAGGUGUGAUGUGUGCUUACAGUUCUCACAUACUUGGAACAUGCCUCAGAAAGAAUCCAAAGUUAAGAAGCUUUAUGGAUAUUGGGAAACAUGCAUUUGGAUCAAAAGGAAGGUUGGUGGCUGCAACAAUCAUCUACAUGGAAAUCUUCAUGUCCCUUGUUUCCUACACCAUUUCAUUACAUGAUAACUUGAUCACAGUCUUUCUGGGGACAAAUCUGAAGCACCACUUCCCCAGAUUCUCUUCAUCUCAGUUCCUAACUGCGGUGGCAGUCCUCAUUGCCCUCCCUAGUUUAUGGAUCAGAGACCUCUCUUCCAUAUCUUUUCUUUCAACACUUGGUAUUCUCAUGUCUCUACUCAUUUUUCUGUGUGUAGCAGCCACUGCAGUUUUAGGACAUGUCUCAAACAAUCAUGCCAUACCUGUCCUCCAACUCCAUAACAUUCCAUCGGUAUCUGGCCUUUAUGUCUUCGGCUAUGGAGGACACAUUGUUUUCCCCGAAUUAUACACAGCCAUGAAAGACCCUUCAAAGUUUACCAAGGUUUCUGUUGUGAGCUUCGCAGUGGUUACAGCAAUUUACACGACACUGGGGUUCAUGGGUGCGAGGAUGUUUGGUAAGGAUGUAAAGUCUCAAAUAACUCUGAGCAUGCCAGCAGAGAGCAUUGUCACAAAGGUUGCUCUUUGGGCAACCGUGGUGGCACCAAUGACCAAAUACGCACUUGAAUUCACACCUUUGGCAAUUCAACUAGAACAUGCACUUCCAAGUACCAUGAGUGGGAGAACCAAGAUGAUUAUUCGGGGUUGCGUUGGUUCAUUUUCACUUUUGGUCAUACUAACCCUUGCUCUGUCGGUUCCAUAUUUUGAACAUGUACUAAGUCUCACCGGUUCCCUUGUUAGUGUUGCCGUUUGUUUGAUUCUGCCAUGUUCUUUCUACUUGAAGACAUGUUGGGAUCAGAUAUCAAACCCUGUCUUGCUCCUUAACCUCUUCCUCAUCACAUUUGGCUUUCUUCUUGCUCUCAUGGGCACCAUUUCCUCCUCAAAGUUGCUACUCAAAAGUUUUCAGUUGCAUCACUCGAGUUAAUUGGAGUGAUUAGUAUACAUAUAUGUACUGAUACAUCAGUCUAUGGUUGUGAUUUCUUGCUUAAUGAAAACAACUUCUUUGUCUGUUGCUAUGGAAAA